CCCGCGGCGGGCGCCAUGCAGCGGGCGCGCCCCGCGCUCUGGGCAGCGGCGCUGACAGCGCUGGCGCUGCUCCGCGGGCCGCCGGCGGCGCGAGCCGGCGCGGGCGUGGCGGGCGCGGGCCCCGUGGUGCGCUGCGAGCCGUGCGACGCGCGUGCGCUGGCCCAGUGCCCGCCACCGCCCGCUGCGUCCGCGUGUGCCGAGCUGGUGCGCGAGCCGGGCUGCGGCUGCUGCCUGACGUGCGCGCUGCGCGAGGGCGAGCCGUGCGGCGUCUACACCGAGCGCUGCGGCGCCGGCCUCCGCUGCCAGCCGCCACCCGGCGAGCCGCGCCCGCUGCAGGCGCUGCUGGACGGCCGCGGGCUCUGCGCCAACGCCAGCGCCGCCAGCCGCCUGCGCGCCUACUUGCUUCCCGCACCGUCCGCGCCAGGAAACAGCAGUGAGUCGGAGGAGGACCACAGCGCAGGGAGUGUGGACAACCAGGCCGUGCCCAGCACACACUGCAUGCCGGACCCCAAAUUCCACACGAUCCACACCAAGAUGGACGUCAUCAAGAAAGGCCAUGCCAAGGACAGCCAGCGCUACAAGGUCGACUACGAGUCUCAGAGCACAGACACCCAGAACUUCUCCUCCGAGUCCAAGCGCGAGACAGAAUACGGACCCUGCCGCCGGGAAAUGGAGGACACGCUGAACCACCUCAAGUUCCUGAACAUGCUCAGCCCCAGGGGCAUCCACAUCCCCAACUGCGACAAGAAGGGCUUCUACAAGAAAAAGCAGUGCCGUCCUUCCAAAGGCCGGAAGCGGGGCUUCUGCUGGUGCGUGGACAAGUACGGGCAGCCCCUCCCGGGCUACGACGCCAGGGGCAAAGGCGACGUGCAGUGCUACAGCAUGGAGAGCAAGUAGACCGACCCGCAGCCACUUCAUGUGGAGCUGAAAUACGCCUUAUUUUGCACAAAAGACUGCCUACGACAUGAUCAGCAGCUGGCUACAGCCUCGAUUUAUAUUUCUUUUUGUGGUGAUCUGAUUUUUUUUUUUAAACCAAAGUUUAGAAAGAGCUGUUUGAAAUGCCUAGGGUUCUUCUAAUGGUGAACUUGAGCAUCUUUCUACUUUCCAGUCAUCAGUGAAACGCGGUGUGGUUUUUCCCGUUGCUUCCUAUAAAAAUCCUUGUAAACUGCAGCGCAGUGCGGCGGGACCUCACACUGUCCUGGAACUCCGCCUCUGCUUCAUGCCGCAGUGACUGUGUUGCUUCUGUCGAUGAACACUUCUUCCCCCGUCUCUGAAAUGAGCGCAGGCUGGUCGGGGACGGGACCCCUGCACUCUGGUGUCUGGAUAUCCUCACGCACCACCUGGAGCUUACGUCUUUGAAGCAAGGGCCUGGGUUCCUCUACCAAGACGUUUCUUAUCUUCAAGUGACCUGCAUUGCUUGGGAACUAGUGGAGAGAAUAAGAUAGAGUCUUAUUUGUAAAAAACCAUGACCAAGGAUGUUCUGGGGAACUCUGGGAACCUCUAAAGGCGGGUAUUUCUGACCCUCAUUGUCAGCAGCUCCCUGAACACACAGCCUUUCCUGGUGGCCCCGCAGGGCAGGGGGGCGGCGGGGCAGCAAGAGUCAGUCCCUUGUUUUCAGAGGCAUCACGAAUAAUAGCACGAUUCUUCGAUGACCAUAGAGAAUAGUGUUUUCCAUUCAACAAUUCAAGACCAAGUUGAUUUUUGAAGGUUAGCUCCUUAAAGGUGAAGGAGAUUUAUUUUCAUCUCUCGCCUCUGUCCUCCUUGGCACAAUGUAAACAUAACAUCCUAAUUUUAUCUAGCCAAGAAAAAGGAAUGGCUUGUUGGGGAGCCCAGGGAGGACCCUGGAAGCGCACAGAAUGCCCGUGCUUGCUGCACUGGGACGCAUCCUGCUUUUCUUUCUAACUCACACAUAUAUGCAGAGAAAACACGUUCUUCAUGACCUGUUAACAUUGUAUACGUCAUAGUCCAGAUAUGCUAGGACCUACACUAGAUAAUCCUAGAUGAGAUGUUAGCGAUGCUAGAGAACAUAACUACGGCCAUGACCGAGGAAAGAGCCUGCGCAGGGCCAGUGCCCCAAGGCCAGCCCUCGAGCUUGGCGGCGUGGGUGCUGAGGGGGCCCGCACCACCGCCGGCCUCCGGGGUGGACACACACUGCGCACAGCCCUCCUGGAGAACACAAAGGGGUCUCGAGACAUUCUGCCUACCUAUUAGCUUUUCUUUAUUUUUUUAAGUUUUUGAAGAAAAAAAGUAUUUUUGAAAAGUUCGUCUUGCAAUGUAUUUAUAAAUAGUAAAUAAAGUUUUUACCAUAAAGAAGUCCCUCA